AUGGAUUAUUCAUAUUUAGCUCCACCUUUAGGAGCACAUUCAGUUUAACAUACAGGUAUUUGAGAACUAUAAUUAAAUGAAUAGAUUAUUAUAUAAAACAUAAUGAGAGAGAAAAAGGAGCUCGUAAAAUUUAUGAUUUCGUUCAUUACGAUUCGUUUGAACAAGAAAAGAUUAAAGAACUCAAAUAAGAAAUCUAAAAAUUAAAUAUAUAGCUUCCAUCAGAGUAAUUAUUUACUUUUAUAAAUCAGUUGGAAAGAGAGCGAUUAUUUGAAAAUUGGUUAUUCAGGUCGCUUUAAAAUGAAGGAAGUUAUCAAAGUAAAUAAUAUUAUCAUUAAAUCUUUAGAAAUUAUAAUUGCAUUUAGCUUGGAGAGCUAAUCCAAUUUAUCACUAAAUUAAUCCAGCAACUGAAAAAUUUCUUAAGGAUGGUAUCUGUUAUAUAUUUGGAAGAGACAAACAGUAUCGUCCUAUAGUCAUACUUAAUGCUCAUCUUAUUGAUUUAAAGAAAGUAUAACUCAAACUAUAUUUUUUAUAGUAUGAUAAAGAAACGAUAAUAUAAGCAUUGUCAUUUUAGAUGGGAAUUAUUAAAAAACACAUGUUCAUUCCUGGCAAAGUUGAAAAUUGGAUAUUUUUAUUAGAAAGUAAUGGUUUAGGAGUUUUUGGUUUACCUACUAAAGCAUUACAAGUUGUUAUAGAUACAAUGAGCACUAACUUUGGUGGUUGUUUGGAAAAAAUGUUCAUAUUAAAUCCUUCAACAGGUUUGAAUUUUUUAUGGAAAACUAUAUCAGGAUUUUUAGAUCCUGAAACAGCAGAAAAAAUUAAUUUUUUAUAAAAGAAAGAAUUUAUGAAAUUGCAGUAAAUUAUUGAUCCCAAUCAAUUAGAAUUAAAAUAUGGAGGAACUCAGCCUAAUUAAAGUGUUUUCUGGUAUUUCUAUUUUUAUUGAAUUAGGCCUCCUUAUAAUUUAGAUUUAAUUGAUGGUUAUACAAUUCCUAAAUAAAAACAAUAAAUUGAUUAAUUUAUUUCUUUAAAAAAUGAUGAAAAAUAAAUAUAAAAAAAUGAUGAUCCUUAUGAUAAUGUUGAAAAUAAUGUAAAUGACUUUUUUGAAACUUAAAAAUAAUUUUAUAAUUUUGAAUAAAGAAAAUCUGCUGAAUUUGGCAAUUUACCUUAAAAUGAUGUAUAAGAUUAAGAAUAACUUUAAAAAUAAGAAUUAAAUGAUUAAGAUCAAUAAAAAGUAAAUGAUUAAUUUCAAAUCUAAUAAAAUUAAUAACAACAAGAAAUUGAAUAAAAUUAAAAUGAUUAAAAUGCCUAAUAAAUUCAACAUUAGCAUAAUGAAGAAGAAAGAAAAGAAGAAAACUAAGAAGAAUAACUUUAAUAAUAAUAAGAAGGAAUUAUUUCUAAAUUAGAACCUGAAUAAGAAAUAUAAAAAUCACCUGAAUCUUAAGAUAAUUAAUAAUAAUAAUAAUAAUAAUAAUAAUAACAAUAAUAAUAACAAUAAUAAUAAUAAUAAUAAUAACAAUAACAAUAAUAAUAAAAUCAAGAGUAAAUUCAAAAAGAUGAAAUUAAUGUUAAUAACAAAAAUUAAAAUGAAGAAGAACUUUAAGUGGUUAGUAAUGCAUCAGCUACAAAAAUUAUAUAACCAGAGGAAGUAUAAGGAUAAAAUGUUGAAAUAACUUAAAUUGAUACUGUUGCGAAUCACGCUUGUUGUAAAGGUUGUGAGAUAUUUUGA